AUGUCCCGCCGCAAGAUCUCGUCAGAGUCCUUCAGCUCGCUGGGCUCGGACUGCCCGGAGACGAGCCCUGAGGAGGAGGGCGAGUGUCCCCUGUCCCGCCUCUGCUGGAACGGCAGCCGCAGCCCCCCCGGCCCCGCCGACACCCCCUUCGUCGCCGCCGCCGCCGCCGCGGCCAGCGACGGGGCGCGCCGCGCUCCGCGCCGCCGGCGGGUCAACCUGGACUCGCUGGGCGAGAGCAUCCGCCGCCUGACGGCCCCCGCGCCUCAGACCAUUCGGCAGACUCUUCAAAAGACCCUGCAGUAUUUUGAGCAUCAAGUUAUUGGUUACAGAGAUGCAGAGAAGAAUUUUCACAAUAUAUCAAACAGAUGCUCCUAUACAGACUGCUCUGGCAAUGAAGAAACUGAAGAUGUCUCAGGAAUUCUCCAGUGUACAGCUAAUGUACUAGGUCUGAAGUUUGAGGAAAUGCAAGAAAAGUUUGGGGAGGAAUUCUUCAAUAUCUGCUUUGACGAGAAUGAAAGAGUUCUUCGAGCUGUAGGUGGAACCCUUCAAGACUUCUUCAAUGGCUUUGAUGCUUUGCUGGAGCAUAUUAGAACUUCAUUUGGAAGACAGGCCACCCUGGAAUCUCCUUCUUUCCUAUGCAAAGAACUCCCUGAAGGCAAUCUCAUGCUUCAUUAUUUUCACCCACACCAGAUUGUGGGAUUUGCAAUGACAGGAAUGAUAAAAGCAGCAGCAAAGAAGAUUUACCGCUUGGAAGUAGAAGUAGAACAGGUCACAAAUGAUAAGUUGUGUUCAGAGGGGACAAACCCAGGUAACUGCAGUUGUUUGACUUUCCUUAUCAAAGAACAUGAAAAUGCAAAUACCACAAAAGCACUUCCACCAGGAACUUCCCAGUCCCCCUUAGACCUGAGGAUUAGUAUCAGCACCUUCUGCAGAGCUUUCCCCUUUCACCUGAUGUUUGAUCCAAACAUGCUGGUUCUCCAGCUUGGAGAAGGUCUUAGGAAGCAGCUCAGAUGUGACACUCAUAAAACCCUGAAAUUCCAAGACUGCUUUGACAUAGUCUCUCCUAAAAUCAGUGCCACAUUUGAACGAGUUCUCCUGAGGUUAUCUACACCCUUUGUCAUUCGGACCAAACUUGAGGAUUCUGAUUCUGAAAGUAAAGAUAAGGUGAUGGAAAUUAAAGGACAAAUGAUUCAUGUGCCAGAAUCAAACUCGAUAUUAUUUCUGGGUUCCCCCUGUGUGGACAAGCUGGAUGAGCUGAUGGGCCGAGGCCUCCAUCUUUCGGACAUACCUAUCCAUGAUGCUACUCGUGAUGUCAUAUUGGUUGGGGAGCAAGCAAAGGCGCAGGAUGGCUUGAAAAAACGAAUGGAUAAGCUGAAGGCAACACUAGAAUGUACACACCAAGCCCUGGAAGAGGAGAAAAAGAAGACCGUAGAUCUCCUUAUUUCUAUUUUCCCUGAAGAGGUGGCUCAGCAGCUGUGGCAGGGGCAGCAGGUUCAGGCCAGGAAGUUUGAUGAUGUCACCAUGCUCUUCUCGGACAUCGUUGGCUUCACUGCCAUCUGUGCUCAGUGCACGCCCAUGCAGGUCAUCAGCAUGCUCAACGAGCUCUACACGCGCUUCGACCACCAGUGUGGAUUCCUUGACAUCUACAAGGUGGAAACAAUAGGUGAUGCGUACUGUGUUGCAGCAGGGCUCCAUAAGAAAAGCCUUAGUCAUGCCAAAGCCAUUGCCCUGAUGUCACUGAAGAUGAUGGAGCUUUCAGAAGAGGUUCUCACUCCAGAUGGAAGCCCUAUUAAGAUGAGGAUAGGCAUUCACUCAGGUUCGGUGCUGGCCGGCGUCGUUGGUGUGAGAAUGCCACGCUACUGUCUCUUUGGGAACAACGUCACCCUUGCGAGCAAGUUUGAGUCAGGAAGUCACCCGCGCCGCAUCAACGUCAGUCCCACCACGUACCAGCUUUUGAAAAAGGAAGAAAAUUUUAUUUUUAUCCCUCGUUCCCGUGAAGAGCUUCCAGAAAACUUUCCAAAGGAAAUUCCUGGGAUCUGUUACUUCCUGGAGGUCAGAAGUGGUCAGAAGCCACCAAAACCUUCCAUCACAUCUGCCAGAGUGAGAAAGGUGUCUUACAACAUCGGCACCAUGUUCCUCCGGGAGACUAGCCUAUGAGGCCUGCUGCAGAUCAAAGACUCGUCAAAAAAGCACAAGCCCAGAACUGGGUCAUGACAGGGGAGCUGGAGGUUCUUUGUGUCUCACUGCCUUCUUCUGAACAGGCAGUAAAAAGUUCCAUGUAAUGUCAGGCAAUAAUCAUUUUAAAAGGUGGGUAACUGCUGUCAGUAAGCAAAGUGGAGAUAAGGAAAAAAUAUUAAACAAUGUACUUCCACUUCCAGAGGAAUUUCUUUCACAAACUUAAGUCUGGCCCCUCUAUGGCAAACAAAACAACAAAACAAAACCCCAACUCUCAAAUUAGAGGUUGGUCUUGUUUUGUGCAGAAAGGAUGAUGGUUCUCUGUAGAUUUGCACCAGCUAAGCAGAAUUGAGAGUCAGUUCUGAUUAUGCAUUCCUAUAUUUAAUGUGUUCUUCAGUAAGGUAAUGAUGUUUUUUAACUUUAUGAACAAGCAUUUCAUACAUAUACUGUAGAGCUAUUGUAACCUUCCUGGCAGGAGGAAUUAUGACUCAGUACAAAUAUUGUAGGAAUUUUACCUAUUUUUAUACAUAUUUCACUUUCUGGAUAAUUACAUUCCACAUACUGUAAGCUGAGUGAACUUAGAUAGCUUUUCAGAAGAAGUUACUGUAUAUUUCAUACAUUCUACCUAUCAAACCUUAUUGUUACACAAGUGGGAAGAACGCAUUUCUUGACUUUUUGGCAACAAAAAAAAUCAAUAUUUACAGAAUAAAAACCCCACUUUGGUAAAUCACUUUAUCCAGUUUUUAUGCUAAAGCUUUAGAUGAGAACUGUCUUCUUAUAUUAAAAUAAUGUUCAGUAUUUGUCCUACAGUGUUGUAUGUCCAGUCCUUCCAGGACAAUGUAAACAAAGUGCAGAAGAUCAAUGUGUGGACAAAGAGAAAAGUUCUUUUCAAUGGGUCUUCUUUUCCCUCUAAAUUAUCAGCCAAACUGAUUUUCAGUAGAAGCCCUGAACUUCUCUAAAAAGUUCAUCUAUUGAAAACUUAUUCUGAGGAAUUCCAGCAGACACUGGAAGCUAUCUGGAUGCUGGUUUUCCACAUUUUUUAAUAGGACUUGUGCUUGUAAUCCAGAUUGAUUGUUGAAAAUCCAUUCUGUUAAUAAUGAUUGCUCAUUUUGAAAUUUCCUCUAUUGUUUGAUUGGCUGAAGGUUCCCUGUUUUUCUAGUUAAGAUCAAAAAAACACCAAAAAGGGAAAGAGAAAGGAAAAAAAAGGAAAAAAAAAAAAAAAGGAAAAAAAGGCCAAUUCUUUGCUGUUGAAAAUUAAUAUUAUUUUUAAUAGUAUUAUUGUCUUCAGUUAAUCCAGUUCAAGCAAGGUGUGUAUCUGGCACAUUUUCAGGUUUAUUUCUCAGGUUUUCUUUUUGAAAAGUAGUGGUGGUCAGUUUUCCUGUGCAGGUGUGCUGCCUUUGGAUCAUACUGGGGUCAUGAUGUUCUGAGCUUGCAGAUUGUUAGUUAAAAUUCGUGCCGUGAUUUCAAGGCGGCUUAGCUGUUUGUGGGCCUUUAAUUACUUCAAUCAAAGAUAAGACUCAGCAGCAGCUAGGAGGCAUGAGAAACUCAGCAUUUCUCUAAUCCAGAACAGAAAUGAGUUUGCUUAUGGAUUUAGUAGUCAUAAAAUGAGGCAUCUCUUGAAAAUAAGUAAGUAACUUUCACCACAUUUCGAGAUUAUCCAGCUGGAUCUUUCUGUGAAAGGCAUGACAGUUGUCUGUUUCUCCCCAUUGAUCAGUAGCCCCUGUGAGUCAGCAUGGUGCUGCUACCCCAUGAUGAAUACGUUUCAGGCUUCUGGAUGAGAAAGGACUGUCUUUGAACCUUUACAGACUUCAGCAUUCAGAGGACAUCUGAAAUUACUCUGCAGGGGUGGGUUUUUCCUUGCCUGAGGAAGGAAUGGGAAUUAGCAUGGGAAUUAGCCCAGAAACCUAUUUUAGAGCAAAUUCCCUCACUUUCUAGUGGGAUACUGAUAUUAAAGAUUUCUUCCAUUGGUAUUAGUGCAUUCUUGGGAUUAGAGGAGUUAUUUUUUUUAUCUUCCUUGAUAAACAGCGUAUGGAAGCUUGAGGUUGUGGAAUUUCCAUCCAAACUACAGAUCUGAGCAUUUCCUGCACAGGAUGACAAGUUUUAGCCAAUAGCCAUUAGUUUGCACAUAGACAGGAUGUAGAAUGCAUUUUUUUUACCCUGGGAACACCAGUGAGAUGUGUAAGAAUCAUAAAUGGAUCAAAGUUCAUGUUUCACCACUGGAAGAGGAAUGCCAUUUCCCAGCUAAUAAAUCCAUGGUUCUUAUGUCAUUAGUUCCCUAGAGUGAAUUUUUUUCAAAUAGCCAUUAGUAGAUUUAGAUUUCAGUCUGACUUCUCUGGCACGUCGUCACUGUUCAGUAGGUGCUGGUGUCAGUCCCAGCCUAUCUGGCCAACCUCUUUUUCUCUUCUCACCACCCACCUAUGUGAAGAGUACAAAUGUAGAGGUUUAAACCAAAAGCUUGCAGUUCAAUAACUUUUCUCCUACAGUUGACAGUAAGAAAUGUCUAGGUUAACCUAGACAUUCUACACCUGAUCUUGAUCAAUGGAAACAUUUUUAAUGAAUGAUGGAUAGAUGCUAGUUUUACUCGCAAAUUGGAGAAGCAAUCAAAACCAGUUUGUAUCACCAUCCUCAUCCUCUUAGAGACUUUUUGUUGUAUAAGGAAAUUUAAAAUCAGAGAGAUCUGUGUGAGAACUGAAAAUUGGUAUCUGUAUCACCAUGAAUAUAUUGAUAGUGUUUGCAAAUAACCCAUCUAGCUCCCCGAAUUAGAGUACACUGACUGUAUAAAAGUAUACAGUCUUUGUUUUUCAUAAGCUUAUGUAAAGGUAACAUAUCUAGAACUGCAGCACAGAUGCUAAGUAUUGUCUUACUUGUGUUAUGAUGAGGGAAAUUAAUGAAAACAAUGUGGGCUCUCUGGGGACAUUUUUCUAUGUCAAUGUGAGGAAUGUAAAACAUUCUCAGCGCUUUCUAAAUAAGUAGUUGCAUCUGCUGCCUUUCAUAUUAGGUUGCAGACUUAUUUUGUUGGACACCUUUACAAAGUUAAAUGAAACUUACUAUCGAGAUUGAUGUUGUCAUGUCAAUUAUGUGGUAGGUUGUCAGACUCAACAUUUUUCCAACAGCACUUACUUUUGGUGAUAGGGAAAAGGUUCUCAUUUUCCUGGCAUUGUCUUCAGAAAUAGAAAGGUUCUCAGAAUUUUCUAUCUUGAGAUGAUGAGGUGGGGAGGUUAGAGUUGCUGAAAUGGUUACAGAAAUCAUAUACUCUAGCUGGAACUUUCUUUCAACUUUUUACUCCCUAUAAAACAGAUGAUCUUUGGUUCCUCUGGGUAAGAAUUUACAUUCUUGUGUUUCUUCAUGUAGCUGCAAGUAGCCACGUCUGCUGUCUUGAGUUUCUGUGCAGAACAAAUCCAACCUCUCUGAAGAGAGAGGGAGAUCUAUUUUGUAUUGCAUGUACAAGGCAAAGGGAAGGUGAUGUGAGGACCCCCCCUAGCUGUUCAUUAAUCUCUUUGUGGCCAGUUUCUUGUACAAAAAUCAGGAGGCCAAAGUAAAGAGAGUCCACAGUCAUUUCCCCAGAACAGUUUUUACAGAUCUUGUGUCAGAUUUUUCCAUCUGCUUGAAGCUUCCCAUCACACAGGCUUUUCUGUGAUGCAAUUCAUAGAGAUCAUGAACUUGGGGCAAAAAGGAAAUAGUGAUAAAGUGGUAGGGUGGCAGAUAAAUUUUGUUCUGCAUCCUUCUGGUAAAAUUUGCCAUUCAAAGACAAAAGCCUCUGCACGGGAGAAUUGCUACUAAGCCAGGACUGU